AUGAGCUGGAGUUUCCUGACACGCCUGCUGGAGGAAAUCCACAACCACUCUACCUUCGUGGGCAAGAUCUGGCUUACCGUGCUCAUCGUCUUCCGCAUCGUCCUUACCGCCGUGGGCGGCGAGUCCAUCUACUACGACGAACAGAGCAAGUUUGUGUGUAACUCAGGCCAGCCGGGGUGCGAGAACGUCUGCUAUGACGCAUUCGCACCGCUCUCACACGUCCGCUUCUGGGUCUUUCAGAUCAUCCUGGUGGCUACGCCGUCGCUCAUGUACCUGGGCUACGCCGUCAACAAGAUUGCCAGGCGUGAGGAGAGAGCUGAGGGUGGAGGAGGGGGAGGUGGGGGAGGAGGACUGUCCCAGCGCAAGCCCAGGAAGCUCUACCUCGGGGCCAGAAGGCAACACCGGGGCAUGGAGGAGGCCGAGGAUGACCAGGAGGAGGACCCCAUGAUCUAUGAGGUUCCCGAGGUGGAGAGUGAGACGGGGGGAGGCGACGGGGGAGGAGGUGGUGGUGGCGGAGGAGCUGGAGGCGGCGGGUGCCAGGGUAAAGGCAAGGUGCGCCAUGACGGACGCCAGCGCAUCAAGGAGGACGGGCUGAUGCGGAUCUACGUGCUGCAGCUGCUGGCACGCUCCAUGCUGGAGGUGGCCUUUCUGGGGGGACAGUACGCCCUCUACGGCCUGGCGGUGCCCUCCAUCUACGUGUGCUCGGGCCGGCCAUGCCCGCACAGUGUGGACUGCUUUGUGUCACGCCCCACCGAGAAGACCAUCUUCCUGCUCAUCAUGUACGCCGUGUCGCUGCUCUGCUUGGCACUCAACGUGUGGGAGAUGCUCCACCUGGGCGUUGGUACCAUCUGCGACAUCCUGCGCUCCCGCCGCGGACCGCGCUCCGAGGAGGACCUGUACGGCCUGCGGGGUGGCGGGGGUCCCGGGGGGCCGCCCACGUUCCACGACGGAGGAGGAGGAGUGGGGGGCGAUGGUUACAGCAGCUACCCCUACUCCUGGAACGCCCCGUCAGCGCCGCCGGGCUACAACAUCGCCGUCAAGCCCCCAACACUGAUGGCGCCAACUGUGGCGCCCGAUGGGCAGCUGCCCUUCACCGACCUGAGCAACGCCAAGAUGGCGUGCCGGCAGAAUCGCGCCAACAUCGCCCAGGAGGAGCGGCGGCAGUACGCCAGCAAUGAGGAUAACUUCCCAUCGUCAGGUGGCGUGAGGGACGCUCGUGGCGCCCUCCAGAGGGAGAUUCGGCAGGCGCAGGACCGGUUGGAGGUGGCCAUCCAGGCCUACAGCCAGGAACAGGGCCACAGCAACCCCGGCAAGCCCCACCGUGAUCGCAAGCACCGGCAAGCCUCCAAGCACACCUCCAGCAAGGCCGAAAGGGGAAGCAGCAGCAAUAGCAGCAGCAAGUCGGGCGAGGGCAAGGGCUCCGAGUGGAUCUGA